UCUUUAUUAAUUCACAUAUUAAUAAUAAUUCGAUUGAUUGCGUUAUAAUUUCAAAUAUUACAUUAAACCAUCUUUAAGGAAUUAUUUUCAACUUUAUUAAAUAUGGCUACCGAUGUGACAAGCUUUUAUGCAAUAUUUAGGGUUUCAACAUUUUAUUUAUUUUUUUAUUUACUUUUUCUGACUGUUGGACUAUGGUAUGUUUACUACAGAAUAUCACGUAAAGAAAUGUACAAAUUGGCAAAAAAGAUACAAGGUCCUGAUGGAUUACCAUUUUUUGGUGUAGCUCUGGAUUUUCUAUUCUUAGAUCCUCAUAAAAUUUAUUUUGAGUUUAUGAGAAGAUCUCAGUUUUAUGAACCUUAUAAGCCAAUAAAGAUAUGGCUAGGCCCAAGACUAGGAAUUUUCUUAACAGAUCCUAACGAUAUUGAAGUAAUAUUAAGCAGCAAUGUGUACAUCGAUAAGUCCCCUGAGUACAGAUUUUUUAAACCGUGGUUGGGAAACGGUCUUUUGAUAAGCACAGGUGAAAAAUGGAAAAUUCACAGGAAACUAAUUGCACCUACUUUUCAUUUAAAUGUUUUAAAAUCGUUUAUUACGCUAUUUAAUAUACAUAGUAUAAAUACUGUAAACAAAUUAAAGAAAUUAGGCAAUAAAGAAUUUGAUAUACAUGAUUACAUGAGCGAGUGUACUGUAGAAAUUUUAUUAGAAACUGCUAUGGGCGUUACCAAAAAAACUCAGAAGAAUGGUGGUUUUGAAUAUGCUCAUGCUGUUAUGAAAAUGUGUGACAUAUUGCAUUUACGUCACACUCGUUUGUGGUUGAGACCUGAUAUUAUUUUCAACUUUACAAAGUAUAGAAAAGAACAGACCCGUUUGCUUAAUAUAAUACACGACCUGACAAACAAUGUGUUGGCUAAAAAGAAGAAAGACUACUACGAUAUAAAUAAAACAGAUAAAGAAACUGUAUCUGAAAUAGUAUCCAUAACUCAUGAAUCGCAUGAUAUUGAUAAGAAUUCCUUAUCUGAAAAUAUCCCUUAUGGAAACUCAUUUGGACAAUCGGCAGGUCUCAAAGAUGAUUUAGAUGUCGAAGAUGACAUCAUUGGUGAAAAGAAAAGAGUAGCUUUUUUGGACCUUUUAAUUGAAUGUGCAGAAAAUGGAGUUGUCCUUUCUGACAAAGAAGUUCGUGAACAAGUAGACACUAUAAUGUUUGAGGGUCACGACACAACGGCAGCUGGUAGUAGCUUUUUCUUAUGUUUAAUGGGUGAAUAUUUGGACAUUCAGGAAAAAGUUGUUGAAGAAUUAUAUUCAAUUUUUGGAGACUCUGAUAGACCAGUCACAUUUCAAGAUACUCUUGAGAUGAAAUUUUUGGAAAGAUGUAUAAUGGAAACAUUACGUUUAUAUCCACCAGUUCCUAUAAUUGGACGUCAGCUUUAUGAAAACGUUAAAUUAGUUAAUGGCACAAUAUUACCUCUUGGUGCAUCAAUUGCUAUUGGUACUCUUAAACUUCACCGUGAUCCAGUAGUAUUUCCUAAUCCUGAUGUUUUUAACCCUGACCACUUUUUACCGGAAAGAACAGCCAGCCGACAUUAUUACGCAUACAUACCAUUUAGUGCAGGACCAAGAAGUUGUGUUGGCCGCAAAUAUGCUAUGCUAAAAUUAAAAAUUAUUCUAGCCACUAUUUUAAGAAAUUUCAAAGUUUAUAGCACCAUACCAGAGAAUAAGUGGAAAAUCCAAGGUGAUAUAAUCCUGAAAAGAUCUGAUGGAUUCAAAAUCAGAUUAGAACCAAGAAAGUCAUUAGUAAACACAAAUGUUUAAAUUGUUUGUACUUUUUGUUUAUAUUUCUUAGUUCUUUUUUUUUUUUUAAUUGUAUUUUUCUGUAGCUAAAGGUAGUCAAAUUUGUUGAAUAAAAGGAGAUCAACUAUUUUUA